UCAGCACCGGGCACAGUAACCAUGGCAACGGGUAAACAAGAAGCUCAGAGACAGACGAGAGAGAAAAUGUCGGCAAGAAGAAAAGAGAGAGCAGAGGAGGAGAACAAGGAGGUCUUCUCGGAGGAGGAGGAGAGGAGUAUCGAGGAGGAAGACCUUGAAGAGGCAACGACGGAGGCGGCCCCCUCCACUGCUUCUAGAAGUAAACCCGGACCACCAGAACGACAAAGCGUCGCCGAAAUCCCGGAGACGGUGGACGACUUCCUGAGGAACUUCCUCCGCAGGGCCGGCCUGAGCCGAACUCUGAACCGCUUUGAGGCCGAGUGGUACGGCUCGGCGCAGAGACUCCUGCCGGCGGCAGCGACGUGCUUCUCGUUCGUUCCGGAUGCCCUCACGCACGGGCAGCUCCUCCGGAGCGAGCUGGAGACGGUCCGCAGAGACACGGACCUGCUCCGGCAGGAGGUGCUGGCGGCGGGGGAGGCGCUGGUCAGGACGCAGAGGGAGAGGGAUUUCCACCGGCUACAGUACCGACGAGUCGCGGGGGACAAAAACCGGCUGAUAGAGGACUUUAAAGAGCUGAAGAAACACCUGGAGUCCUACGAGCCGGCGCUGAGGCAGCUGGAGGACAAAUAUCAAGCAGCUCUGAGGCACAAAAUGCUCAUCGGUUUAAAAAAGGACCGAGUUCUAAACACCACGGAGGAAAAAUCCCGAACCGCGACAGAGAAAAGCAUGAGAAAGAGCGACAGCGCCGAUAAGUCGCCGGCAAAGAGCCCCGUAAGCAGCAGACAUCCGAAGGACACGGAGUUUCCUGCCGCCUGCAGCCGCCCGGGGAACCCUCACCUGGCUCAGGUGGGAUUUGAGAAAUGCAAAAGCCCCGGUUCCUUCAGCCUGUCCUACUCCAUCAGAGCCCACACGCUCCCCAUCAGCUGCAUAGACCUCCACCCGCGGAAACUGAUCCUGGCCACCGCCAGCGAUGACCGCAGCUGGAGGCUGUGGGCGCUGCAAGCCAACGGAGAGAAGGUUGGUGAGAUGGUGCUGACAGGCGAGGGUCACUCUGAUUGGCUGUCUGGCUGCAGCUUUCACCCUGAUGGGACAAAACUGGCAACAACCAGUGGAGACUCUAUGGUGCGUCUCUGGGAUUUCUCUCGUGGCCGCUGCGUGUUGACGCUGCCCGGUCACAGCCACCCCACCUGGGGCUGCUCCUUCCACUCGUGCGGCCAUUUCCUGGCUUCCUGCUCGGCUGACAGAACCGCCAAGCUGUGGGACCUGAACAGCCAGCGCUGCCGCCUCACGCUGCGACGCCACACCGCCUCCGUCAACAGCGUCUGCUUCCUGCCCUCCUCCAACCUCCUCCUCACCUGUUCGGCCGACAAAAGCCUCGCCGUGUGGGACGCCAGACUGGGUGUCUGCGGCUCCACCUUCCGCCGACACCAGCACCCCUGCAACCACGCCACCUCCAGCCCGGCGGGCAACGUCCUGGCCUCCUGCGACUCCCGUGGCGUCGUCAACAUGUGGGACAUCAGGAAACCCGCGGCGCCAAUGGCCACGGUAGACGCCGGGCCGUCGGCCGCCAACCAGGUGGCGUUCAGCCCCUCGGGGAAGAUGCUGGCCGUCGCCAGCGGCGACAGUCUGGUCAGAGUGGUGGAGGUGGGUUCGCGCGCGGCGAGCAGCCUCUCAGGACACAGGGAUGGCGUGCAGAGCGUGACGUUCGAUCACACGGGGGAGACUGUGAUGUCAGCAGGGAGUGAUGGGCUGAUUAACAUCUGGGCGUGACAUCACACGAAAGACGCAAAAACUUGGGAGUGAAACCAGCUGUUGAUCUUUAAAAGGUUUUCUUGUGGUAAUGGAAAAGUUCUCUCACUGCUAGUACAGAUACAAAACACACACACACACACUCUGGUCAGAAAGUCUGCGUUACAAACAAGCGGUGUUGGUUUUUUUACCAAGCAGGGAGGUUUUAACAAAAAUUCGGAAAAUGUAGGAUCCUGUUUUUUGGAGUUUGACUCUCUGCCGAUAUCUUUUGUCUUUCACAAGUCUCCCAACUUUAUAGAAACUACCAAACAUGUCUUCUUUGGACACAAUAUGACACAAAACCUUCACACUUCAAUGAGAUUUGAAAAAAAUCAUUUGGUUUAGGAAUAAUAAUUUUUUAUUGUCGAUUAAUUGAUUAAUUGUUGGGUUUGACUCCAACCUG